AUGUCGCCGAAGCCUUACCUCUUCGAUGAAGUCAAUGUGGUGAACCACCUUCCUAAAGAGGCAAUGGGAAGGGACUUUCUUCCGGGUUUACAUACAGGGGCUUACGGCAUUUGUUUGGCUCUCAUACUGAAGUCGCAACCGAGCUUCGUGGCCUUCAAUCACACCUUCAUUCUUACUGAAUACGAUGCACUGACUGAGAUGAAGCAUUUUCGAUUUCCAAUCGUGGCCCUGUGGGCAACCCAAGCCUUCGGACAAGACAUAGCACAGCGCCCCCUCCAUGAAGAAAACCAAGCUGUCGGAGAUGUGCCUCGCGUAGUCUCAAAGGACCUUGAUGAAUUUAUUGAGCGAAUUCGGGAGGAGUGGCAUGCUCCAGGUCUAGCCGUUGCAAUUGUCGACGGGAACAACACUUGGGCAAAGGUAAAGAUCGCCCCGCCCCCCCGUUUCGACUUCGCGUGGUCUCGAGGUUAUGGCUACGCCGUUCUCAAUUCUACACCCGUCACCCCGCACACGCUUUACUACACCGGCAGUACCACCAAGUCCUUCACUGCCGCCGGCAUCUCCCUUCUCAUCGACAAUGCAAGCGCGACCUCGUCAGUGUACCCUGGACUCAGUUGGAAGACGCCGGUAUCCCACAUUCUCCGCGAUGACUUUGUUCUCAGCGAUGAGUGGGCUACGGCUCACAUCACUCUCGAGGACGCUAUGAGCCAUCGGACAGGCUACCCUUCCCAUGAUUUGGCACCGGCUGCUACGGCUCAGGGAACUACCCGCCUGUUGAGACAUCUACCAAUGGCUGCGGAACCACGCACGACCUUCUUGUAUAACAACAAGAUGUUCGGGGCUAUGGGCCAUCUUAUUGAAGUCUUGACUGGAUCAUGGCUGGGCGAUUUCUUCCGAGAGUACCUGUGGGAGCCUAUGGGCAUGAACGAGACGUUUUUCUCUCUAAGAGAUGCCGAACAGAGUGGCUUGGUUCUCGCCAAGGAGUACUACUACAAUCCAGAUGACGGAAGCUACCUGCAACUACCGCACGAACCUUCUUCUGGCGAAGAAGGCGCAGGUUCCAUUGUGUCAAACGUCCUCGACUAUGCCAAGUACCUGCGCAUCAUGAUGACCGAGUCCGCGCCGAUCUCCAAGCCGGGACAUCGAGAGGUGAAGACGCCGCGCACUUUGGUGGCUCCUGCGAUGGAACCGUUUACUGGGCCUGUGAGCUAUGCCUUGGGGUGGUACACCGCCAUUUUGGGAGGCGAGCAGGUGUAUUUCCACAACGGUGGAGUCAACAUGUUUAUCUCGAUGAUGAUGAUGAUUCCGUCGCAGCAGAUAGGCGUGAUCGUCUUCACCAACACGGAUGUCAAGGCUCCGCAGGUGAUUGCGACCCAUAUUCUCUCGGAACACUUAGGAAUUCCUAAAGAUAAAAGACCGGAUAUGAACAAACAAUACAAAGAUAGGAAGAAAGCUGAGCUGGAACAUUUGCAGGCUUGCGCAAGCGAGCUGUACCCUUCGCUUCCGGCCCCGCCUUUGUUACCAACUUUGCCCAUCCCAGAUCACGUCGGGGAAUUCCAUAACACUGGGUUUGGCACUCUCGAGGUAGUCUUGGAUUGUUCGAAUUCCGUUGUCGAAUGCGAGCUUCGUGUUCUUGGAAUGGGAGGGGAGGCGUUUGCGCACCUUGCACCGAUGAUAUACCUCGAGCCAAUGUCUGGCAAUCAUUGGCUUGGUCGAGGAUACAUGGGAGGAAAGAAGGCACAGACAGUUGGCAUCCCGAUACUAUGCGUACCCGUUGAGUUCAAAGUCAAUAUUCUUGGCAAGGUCUCGCAAAUUGGUGUCGGGCUGAGAUCUCAGGACAUGCUUCGCGGAAAGACAUGUAAUAUUCUCAUUUAUUUGUCUGGAUUCGCAAGCUAUGGCGGACAACAUCUCGUGUCUUUCACCGAGUCCCGACACGACUGGGGAGACCUACACAAAAAUAAAGCAUUUAAAUACCUAUCCAAAUCGAUGCAACUAGCCCUUCAACUACAAGGAGUCCCGAUCGCGCCCGAAGCGCAAGCUCACGGUGCCACCGUAACGGCAUUCCCGGCACGGAGCAUUAGGUGGUGGGGCCGACAGCAGGUCUCCACGACGCCAAAUGGAGUUGAGAGCUUUGAGUCACUCAGCAAUCUGCGCAUGAUGCCGCCCUCCAGAAACACUUCCCACGAGGAAGAUAAGAGCUCUUCAAUGAGUGAACAAGAACGAAAACGACUGCGCAACCGACUAUCACAGCAGGCUUUCCGUCGCAGACAAGCGGAGCGUAUGAGGGAGCUGAGUACCAGAGUGAACACCGACCGAAAGUCUGACAAUGAGCGGAUCGAGGAGCUCCAGCGUGAGAACAGGCAGUUGCGGGCGCAACUCGUCGAUGUUCAGGCAAGGAUGUCGCGACUGCUUGCCACCAUUCAAGGUUUGAGCGACUCUGUGUCAAAGACUUUGAACGACACAGGAUCUCAGGACAGCAAAGUCUCUGAGGAGACAGAAGAUCAUACGUUACAGCCCUCAACAUACGACAAGAAGCAGACUUGUUAUGGAGGGCCCCCUUUUCCAGGACCAUCUAUGCAAUUGGAACCUUUCGACACAUCAUCACUGAACUUUGACCCGCCGCUUGCCCAUCAUCCUGGUCCAGGUCAAUCUGAGGAUGCAUUUCUAUCGUCGGAACUCAUCAAUGUGACCGGAACCAGCCCCCUCUAUACCCAGAUCCCCAACAUCUGGAGCUUCGAGUACCAAACUGGAAUAGAGCCGUACCUGACUGCCAUGGCUGCAUCUCAGGAGUCCAGCAUGGCAUUGAGAAAAGACAUGCCGAUAUCAAAUUCGCCGUUCUCGGACCACAUCAAGCUUCUCCAGCAUCUUCUAAAAAGCAAGCUGGCAGCAAAUGGCUUCAAUCCGGACAGCCAACCGUCGAUGCAAAGCAUAUAUCAACCAGUUCUCAUGGUCUUGUCCAUGUUUAACAGCAUGACGCGACCGGAUGUCAUGGCAUGGUACGCCAAAACGCGCUUUUUCCACAUCAUCGAGCUUACGGCCUGGCAACUCUACCCCUCGCCCGCGACAUUCCAAAAGUUACACCAGCGGUAUCGGCCUACCGACACGCAACUGAAGCAUCCGCACCCGCGCGUGAUAGACUGGAUACCGUUCCCCUCGAUCCGGGACCGAUUGAUAGAGCUCCACGCCGCCAACCCUCUUAUCGACCAGAUAUUUUGA